AUGUCGCAACCACGCGUAUUUCCUGACUCGGGAUUCUAUCGCUUAGAUUCGACUGCCACAUUUGAGGAAGAAACUCUUCCUGAUUAUUUAGAGGAACGCUACUACCCAGUUCACAUUGGUGAAGUUUUCAAAUCCAGAUAUCAGGUUAUUACUAAACUCGGCUUUGGCUCAUCGUCGACCGUAUGGCUAUGUCGGGACCUUCAUAAUCAGUGUUAUGUGGUCAUGAAAGUCCAUGUUCGAACUAAACGACAGCUCCCCGAGGUGGUGAUUUCGAAACAUCUACAAGCUAUGCAGAGCACUCAUGGCGGUGAACAAUAUGUCCGGCUUAUUCUCGACACGUUUGAGAUUCUUGGGCCAUACGGAGUGCAUCCAUGUCUCCUGUACAAGCCUGCUAGUAUUGAUAUACGUGAUUAUAUGCACUGUCUUGAGGGAGAUAGCUUACCGGAAAAUCUCCUUCGACCUGCCCUGCGGUUUGUACUGAUUGCCCUGGAUUACCUCCACCAAGCAAAUAUCAUCCAUACGGACGUCCAACCGAACAAUGUCCUUUUAGGCAUCGAAGACAACUCUAUCCUUGCAGAAAUGGAAGAGGAUGAAAUCUCGAAUCCCUGCCCGCGAAAACAGCUCCCUGAUCGUACUAUCUAUGCCACUCGUGCAAUGCCUUUGACAAGCGGCGAGCCAAUACUCGCCGAUCUUGGAGAGGCACGACUUGCUGAAGGGAAGCAAACCGGUCUCAUUAUGCCAAGUGUAUAUAGGGCCCCAGAAGUAUUGUUAGGUAUGGAUUGGGAUAAUAAGGUCGAUAUAUGGGGCUUGGGACAGAUGGCAUGGACACUGUUUGAGCAAGGACAUCUUUUCAGAACCGUCAGCCUUGAGACUGAGACCGAGAAAGCUCAGCGUAUUGCGGAGAUGAUUUCUCUUCUAGGACCGCCCCCUGUUGAGUUCCUGAGAAGAAGCAAAGAGAGUCUCAGGUUUUGGGACGAGAACGGUAGCUGGAAGGGCUCUGUGAAGAUCCCAGAGCAAUCUCUUGAAGGCCGUGAAUCCAGGCUUGAGACAAAUAGUCAAGCGCUGUUCCUCCGAUUCUUACGAAAGACUCUGCGGUGGUUACCGGAGGAAAGACCAACUGCGAAGGAGCUUUUGCUGGACGAGUGGCUGAGAGGAGAUGAUCACUAG